AUGAGCUCGAAGGAGAAACCCACUCUCGGAGGUACGCGGAUUAAGACCCGCAAGCGUAAUAUUGCCGCUCCUCUGGACCCUGCAGCGUUCUCUGAUGCAGUGGUCCAGAUUUACUUGGAUAAUGCUGGUGAUCUGGAACUUGUUGCCAAAGCUGUCGAGUCAUCAGAUCUUAAUUUCUCAAGAUACGGUGACAUCUUAUUUGAGGUUGUUUUCAUAGGAGGACGUACACAAACUGGAUCAGUGAAAUCUGAUGAAGGGGAACGCCAUCCUUACUCUGUGAUUGACUGCGAACCCACGCGUGAAGCCAUUUUACCAUCUGUUGUCUAUAUACAGAAAAUUCUGCGGAGGAAGCCGUUCCUCAUUAAGAACCUUGAAAAUGUUACGCGGAGAUUCCUGCAGUCACUGGAGCUCUUUGAGGAGAAUGAAAGGAAGAAGCUUGCUAUCUUCACAGCACUUACCUUUUCCCAGAAGCUCUCGGGAUUACCUCCGGAGACUGUCUUCCAGCCAUUGCUCAAGGAUAAUCUUGUUGCCAAAGGGAUAGUGCUCACCUUUGUAACAGACUUCUUCAAGGAGUAUUUGGUCGAGAACAGUCUUGAAGACUUGAUUUCUAUUCUCAGGCGUGGCAAAAUGGAAGACAACCUUCUGGAUUUCUUGCCACCUGUAAGGCGAACUGCUGAAAGUUUCGCAGAGCAUUUCACGAAUGAGGGACUGACUGAUCUAGUAGAGUACCAAGCAAAGAAAAUGUUUGAGGUGAAACUGAAGGAAAUCAAAACCGUUCUUACGACCAAGGUCACAGAGGAAUGUAGCGUAGAUGAAGUCAUUGAAACUGUGAAGCAGCUGGUCAAAGAUGCUAAACUGCCAGAGAUUGAUGUUGUCCGUGUCGUAUGGGAUGGUUUAAUGGAUGCUGUUCAGUGGUCUGGUAAAAACCAGCAGCAAAAUGCAAACUCUGUUCUGCGCCAGGUGAAAACAUGGGCUGCACUUCUGAACACGUUCUGCAGCAGCGGAAAGCUCGAGCUGGAACUGAUGUACAAGGUCCAAAUCCAAUGCUAUGAGGAUGCAAAGCUUAUGAAAGUGUUCCCAGAAGUAGUGAGGUCGCUCUAUGAACUAGAUGUCCUCGCUGAAGACACCAUUCUCCACUGGUUCCGUAAAGGUACCAACUCAAAGGGCAGACAAACCUUUGUGAAAAGCUUAGAGCCAUUUGUGAAUUGGCUUGAAGAGGCAGAGGAAGAAGAGUGA